AGUUUCAACAUGGAGUUGUGUUUAAGAGAUUUACCAAAAGUUCAUGAUUUGGAUAGUGAUGAAAAGGUUACAGUUACUUCAGAAGUACAUCUGAGAACUGUUGAUGUCGGAGAAAGAUUGAAUGUCUGUAAAGAUGAGAAAUUGUCCUCCCGAAAAGAAGUUACAUCUAGUGUAAAUACGGAAGAAGCAGAAACUUGUAAUGUAGAGAUUGAGCGUGAUGUUAUUGCUAAUAAUAUUAAUACUAGCAGUACUACUGCUAGUACUAGUUGCAAUAGUAUAAAUAUUACAAAUGCUAGUAACGGCAAGGCUAAUGCUAAUGUAAACUUUACAGAAUAUACCAGUAGUACAAACUGUCAGCCUUAUGAAGUUGUUACUGAAACUGAAAGAUCUGAUAGUAAAUGUGUAACGGGCAUUAAUACUAGUAAUAGUACUGUUAGUGUUACCGUUACUACUACCACUGCUACUAGUGUUGAUAGCACAAGUACCGUAAAUCUAAUAGUAAAAGACCCAACUCAUACUACUGUUUGCAGUACCUUAGUUAUUAAAUCAGAAAAUGAAGAGAAUAGGAUUAAUUUUGAAGAGCAUGCAAAUUUUAAUCCAAAUUCGAAAAAUUCAUUUGACAUAAAUAUGUUAAAACCUGAAACAUUUCAAGGUGAACUACAUCCCAUUGAGAAUCAAGAAAAUGAAACAAGAAGUACAUGUUAUAACGAUUUUCAAGUUUCAUUUAAUUGUGAUAGAGACAUUGUUAAAGCUUUGCCUGUAUUAGAUGCGGACAUUGUUAUCAAAAGAGAAAAAGAAGAUGGGGAGGAAAACAUACACUCUGUGCUUAAAAAAUUAAAAGUUGAAGUAGAAUUUGAGAAUGACAACCUUCAAGAAUCUGAGAAUGGCAAUCUUCAAGAAUUAGAGAAUGUAAACCUUAUUCCAAACCAUGACUUUAGUGUUAUUCCAAUUCAAGUUACAGGAUCUUGGAGUGAUUUUUCCAAUCAGAAAUGUAUGGUAAACUUCAUUAAAGGCUGUAAAUGGUCUCCAGAUGGAAGUUGUAUAUUAACCAACAGUGAAGAUAACUGCUUAAGGUUGUUUAAUUUACCAAGUGAAGCAAGUAACUAUCAGUGUACAGAAUGGGACAAGAUCAAAGAAAUGAAUGCAGUGUUACAGGUACAAGAAGGUGAUCUGGUUUAUGACUAUUGUUGGUACCCAUUCAUGUCGUCAUGGGAUCCUGCAUCUUGUUGUUUUGUUACCAGUGGACGUGAUAAUCCUAUUCACAUGUGGGAUGCUUUCACUGGAGAACUUCGGUGUACGUAUAGAGCUUUCGACCAUUUGGAUGAGCUUUCGACUGCACAUAGUCUUGCUUUUGAUCUUGAUGGGCAACGUUUGUUUUGUGGAUUUAACAAAAUGAUUCGAGUAUUUGACAUAGGCCAACCUGGGAGAAAUUGUGAACAUAGACCCACAAAUGCUAAAAAACAAGGCCAGGCUGGCAUAAUAUCGUGUAUGGCUUUCAAUCCAAUGGAUCGAAGUAUUUAUGCAGCUGGGUCUUACUGUAAAACAGUUGGUGUGUAUACAGAACCUAAUGGUCAGCUUUUCUAUAUGUUUGAUGGACCAGUGGGUGGCAUCACACACCUUGUAUUUUCCCCUGAUGGAACAAAGUUGUACACUGGUAGUAGGAAGGACCCAAAUAUCUUUUGUUGGGACUUAAGAAAUCCAGGACAAGUAUUGUGUUCCUUAAGAAGACUAGUUACAACAAACCAACGUAUAUAUUUUGAUAUAAGCAGCUGUGGACAGUACCUCAUUUCUGGAAAUGAUAAUGGAGUUGUGACAGUAUGGGACACCACAAAAGCUCCUAUUGAAGUAGCUGGAGAGCAGAAUCCUAUCCUUCCUCCUUAUCAUUACUUUCAAGCCCAUCGGGAUUGUGUAAAUGGAAUUAGUCUUCAUCCAUCAAUGCCUCUUUUGGCUACAUCAUCUGGCCAGCGGAAGUUUCCAGAGCCUCUCGACUCAGAAGAGGAUGAAAGUAGUGAAUCUGAAAUGUGGCUUACUAAAAAUUUAGUGAUAGAAAACUCACUUCGAUUAUGGUGGACUGGUGGUCAUAAAUUUACUGGUGCUAUUAACAUAGCAGAAACAUAAAAGUUCAGGAGUAUGUAGCAAACCAGAAACCUGGUAAAUUUAUACUCUAGUCUUUCACACAUUGAUACAACAGUUUCUGUGAAAGGAGUGUGUUUUCUGAGUAAACAGUUUUAUAUAUUCAGACAUAUCAUUCAAAUUGACCAAAAUAACACCAUACUGAAGUGCAAGUGUGGCAUGUAUGUAUUACUCAAAUCAUUGAAUGAUGUGAUUUACAUAUGUUUCUAUGUAAAUAUAAGCUGUUUACAUGAUUGCUGUUAAAUUUCAUUUGUGACGAUAAUGUCUAAAAAUUGUAAAGAUUUUAUUGCAAGAUCUUAUCAGGUGGAAGGUCUUAGUUCAAUGCCCAAAAUACAUCAUACGCAGUAGAUUAAUAUUAAACUAUUUUUGGUAUUAUUUCAUAUUUUCAUUAUGUAAUCUACUCUUAUUGAAAGAGUGUAUCAGAAUGUUUUCCUUAAACAUUUAGUUUAUAUGCAUAGAAAUAUUCUUUUCAGUGCUAUAUGAUGUUCAUCUAAAGAUGUGUGGUGAACCAGAAAGUCUUGUCAUAAAAUGUCAAGUUAGGAAUUAAUUAGCAUUUUCAUAGUGAUAUAUAUGUAUAUCUGUUCUUUUUUUUUUUACUUUAUUUUGUAAAUUUACUUUCCUUAUCUUUGAUAGAUUUAUGUAUUCCAGUUCUGAUUUAGUAAUAGGUUUGUUGUCAAAAAUUAAAUACUUUUCAGUGAUAAUAACACUUUCAGACUAAAAGAUUUGCAUUAAAUCAUAUUUAGAACUUAGGUGACUCUGCCUGUAGUGAUGUUUUUUGAGGAAGGGACUUUUGUAAUUGUUGUUGUUGUGAUGGAAGUUAAGAUUAGGAUUGAAUAUUAUUUGACAUUUUUUUAAUUGAUUAUUUCUCUAGAAGUAUUCUGAUUUUAUAGAACUCAUUAUUUUUCUGUAUUUUGUGGUCAUUGUAUGCAUCAGUCAAGAUCAUUUUAUAACAGAUAAAGUUUCAUCUUUUGACACAUAAUAUUGCAGGUGGAUGUAAAAGCAUGUGAAAAUAAGGAAUACAUUGAUUUGUAUCUGAUGUAAAUUAUAUACAUAACUUUUAAAUAAAUAGUAUAUUCUGUUGAGAAAUU